GUUGCUGAUGCCAAGUCUUUCUCAGGACCUUUUAGUGUCUUGCCUGUGAAGACAAAAUGGAGUAACAUUGGUUUUCAUAUCCUUCUGUUUGAUCUGGAAAAUCUUGUUGAACUUUUGCUGCCAACUCCAAUCUGUGAUGUUGACCCUUCCAAUUCAUUCUAUGGUAGUGAGAUCCUGAGAAGAGCCAAAAGCACAGUGGAGAAGAAAACAUUGACGCUGAAAAGAAAUAAAACUGCCUGUGGUUCUCUCUCAGCGGAGGUGCAAGCCAAGCCUGUUGGUGAAAACCCAGCCCAAGGAGAUAAUGCUGUCAAAUUCUUAGAAGAAAGUGAUGGCAUUAAAAGGCAGAGGAAAACAAAGAACUCCAAAAAGAUGCACCCUAAGCCAUCAAGAAAAGUGGAUGCCAGCAUCACAAUAGACACAGCUAAAUUGUUCCUAUCUUGCUUUUUGCCAUGGGGUGUGGAUAAAGAAUUAGAUAAUCUCUGCAUUAAGCAUCUCAAUAUUUUAAAGCUUCAGGGUUCUGUUUCUUUAGGACUUGCCACAAAUGAAGAUCGCUUCUCAUUGAUGCUGCCGGGGUGGGAUGAAUGCAAUGCUGAAAUGAAAACAGACUAUUCAAAAGUUAAUUUAUUUUCCAAAAAAGUUUUGGACUUGUCAAAUAAAUACACGUCCACGCUUCCAAAUCAGGUUGGGAUGCUGAGAGGACUGGAGAAUAAUUGUGAUUCUUUGCACGAGUCAAACACUAUAGUUUAUUUAUUGAGCAGACUAUUUGUAGUUAAUAAGUUAGUUAACAUGCCUUUAGAGUUUGCAUUUGGAACUGACAGGUCUUUCAAAAUGGAAUCUGUGCACAGCAAGGCAAAAAGUUCUGGGAAUGAGAUUUUUACUAUUUCAAGCUUGUAUGGUUACUUACGAAAUGGUAAGAAUGACUCCCAUAUACCCGACGCUGACGUUUCACUUUGGAAGCUCAUUUCUUGUUGGAGAGACCACUCUGUGCAGGUAACUGAAGCAAUACAAGCUGUUCUCUUGGCGGAAGUUCAACAGCACAUGAAGACGUUGAGUAAGACACCAGUCAACAGUCAACCAGUGUCCAUGACGGAGGACAUCCACUGUGAGAUGAGGCAGAUCCUGCAGAAGAUGGAAUGGACCCACGGGGAGGAGAUAGAGUUACAGUGUACUACAGACACCUGGACUCUGCAAACCCCAGUCAGUCCGGUCAAGCAUGACAGCAACUCAAACUCGGCAAACUUCCAAGCCACUGAGGACAUGCCUGACAGAUGCGUCUUGGAAGAGUCUGAGAGUCCAGGUAAGCCAAGGCAUCAUUCGUGGAUAGCGAAGGUGUGCUCCUGCAAGCUGUGCUAAAUGGAAUCUUAUCUAUAGGA